AGUUACUGUUAAGAAGAGAAACAAAACAAGUUACUGUUUCAGAUUUUAAUCAACAAUCAAGUUUUGAUUAUUUCAAGAAGUAGUGAAAAAAUGGACUCCACCACCUCGGCCUCUCAGCAACAGGAGUACACAUCAGCGUCAUCAGACAAGAUGGCAGCGGAGCUUGCUGGUGGAGGCAAAGAGGAGCUCAGGGAUCGUUCUUCAAAAAAAAGAAGAACUGGAGCUGGAGAAAAUACUAAAGAGUCGUCAUCUUAUUUAUCUAGUACAACUGGAGAUGCAGAAAAAGCUGCAGUUGUUGAAGAAAAGGAGAUGAAGUUGUCUAGUACAACUGGAAAGGCGAAGGCGCCAGGUCGUGUUUGAACAUUUUUAGACAUUUCCGGACAUUUUUGGAUAUUCUUGCAUAUUUUUCGACUUUUCUGGGUGUGUUCGGACAUUUCGGAGCAUUAUCAGGCAUUUUUGGC